UCUUCCUGUCACUGUCAAACAUUCAGUCAUUAUUAUUUUUAGUCAAAAUUCCAGUUAAAACCACACCCAUGGCGGAGUGUUUCUGUCCAGGAGGUCCAAGCAGCGCCUCUGGCCAAUACGCUAAUGCAACACAACGGAAUGCGCAGGCUAGUUACAAUGAUAGCGGCUUCGAGGACUAUUCGGGAGGCCAAUCUUUCAACCAGGCUUUCAUAGACCCGACUGGAUAUGAUGAGCAACACGGUGCAGCUGGUGCCGUUCCGUAUGAGAGCGCCGAUGAGAUGGAUGAAAAUAAUAAUCCUGCGUACUACUCCAGAUACGCACACGCUGAUGAUUCCAACUACCAGGACAUGCUGACAGAGGAUUGUCCACCUGAAUGCCCAUCCUAUUCGGGUAUGCACGGGGCAAGUGGGUACGAAGCCGACGAAAGUUACCAAAGCCCCGGUCCAGGCCAUCGAGGAGGAGCCAGAACGACCAGUAACACCUCCAUGUGUGACGGUGAAGAGCUGAACAGAACCACCGCACCCAGGAGUACCAAAGUCGACGUACGCAAGGCAAGGAUAUCGCAGAGUCUUGAGACGUACUUGAACACGAUCGAUGAAGAAGAGAAGGGCUGUUAUAUGCAGUUUGUUGAAACUUUGCAGAAUGAACGCAGACAAUCGCGUUUUUGAAAGCAUAAGAUUGUGUAAUAAUUGAAAAAUAUAAAUUUUUAAGUUAUUAUUUGUCAAUUAAUUUGUCAAUAAAAUUUUAAAUUAGCCUA